CUGGGAGAAUGAGUGGGAGUUCCUAAGUGGGAACAGAGCAUGUACUGUUUCAUAUUACGGCGAAAAGAAGAGAAAGAGGGGAAGAGUUAAUGUGGCCAAAGUGCUCUGGUGGGUCGUGCAGUCGUGCUCCGCUUGUUUUAGCGCGCUGCUGUUUUCAGGGUUUAUGGAUUCACUGAGAGAGGACAAUGAACAUCUCUGUAGUGCUGCUGGUCCUGACUAAAGCUCUGCUCACAGAACUAGGCCAUGCCUUGAAUGUGACAGUGAUUCCUGCACCCAUUGUCAUGGCAACCGAGCGAGACAACCUGACACUGUCCUGUCUGGUAUCUCAGAGAAAGAGGAGCAGCAGUGUACUCAUCCUCCGCUGGUUCUUCUCCCCUCUGACUGCUCCCACCCUCUCACCCCCUUUACCUCCUCCGUCUCCCUCCCCUCCGGGCCCUGAGCCCUCCCAGUUCCUCAUCGUCAAGAUGGGCAUCAAGAAACUCAAGCUGUAUGGGAACUACACCCGCCGCUUCCCCCAGCCCAAGUUUCGACUUUAUGAGCAAAUUGAGGGAGAGGUGUACCGCUUGAGGAUUCUUAAUGUGAGCGAGACGGACCAGGGCUUCUACACGUGUAGAGUGCACGAGAUAAGGAAGUACAGGAACGUAUGGAAGGCAUCGUCUAAUGGUUCGGGCACUACACAGCUGACAGUGCAUUUUACUCUGGAGGCUCAUAGCAGUGAAGGAAUUUGGCGUCUGUUGUCAGAUGUGAACGUGUGCGCCGUGCUGAUCUGCUCGCUGGGAUUGCUCUCCAUCUUCCUCUUCACACUCACUCUCACCAUCCAGUACUUCUACAGGAGACACAGGCUAAAAGCAAGUUACCUACUGGUCAAGUGUCCAGAGAGCAGUUCAGGAGAGACUGUAACCAGCUCUGGUAGUACUUCCAGUUCCUCCCCAAGAACACAAAAGAAAGACACAGGGCAGAAAAGUGAUAUAAAAGUGGCAUUAAAACCUCCAAAAGCGACUGAGGAGCCGCCACCACCACCACACACAGCAACUAAAGCACCUGUGGCUUCCAAAAGACCCCAAAAGCCCAAAAGGUCAAAAGCUCACAUAAGGUCUACCACAGCUCAAGUACCCCAGGAGGACAGUCUAACCUAUGCAGAACUGGAGCUGGUCCGACCCAGUCUCGAACCCCCGGCCUCAGCCAGCCCUGACCCCACCCCCUCCAGCCCAGACACCGUGUACGCUCAGAUCCUCUUCCAGGAGAAACAGCUGUAAACACAGAAGCUCUGGACACAUGGAUGUUCACGAUACCUCCCGGAGUGGAGUACAGAUUGAGUUCCAGAACAAGGAUGUAUAUUUAUGAACACGCAAUCUUGAUAAAUCAGUAUUUGUUUUAGCCUUAAUGAGGGUUUGCAUGUCUUUGACCUCCUGGUUCCAGUCCAGCUCUAGUCGUAUGUUGUUUUGUGUUUCUGCAUCUCUGGCCUGUGAGCCAGAUGUUCUUAAGAAUGUUCUGUUAUUGUUCUGUGGAUGCUCAGGAGGUUUUGUAGAAAGAAAUUAUUGUCUUUGCUCCUUUUCUGCUAUGUUCUAAGACACUGCAGCUUUGUACAUUCCUCUAUAGCUACAGAGGGGAAAUGAAUAAUAAAAUUAUGCCCAGGUAGAGUCAAAUCUUUGCUGCACAUUAAACAAGUUUAUAAAUGAUCUUCAUGGAGGCAUUUUUUUUCUUGUUUUAGAUUCAUAAAACAUGGCAAAAUGAGAUAGCAUGCAGGUCUAAAUUUAGUCAGAUUGUGUAACUCUUUGACUAAACUUUAAGCAAUAGACAAUGUGUUAAGAUAGUUAAGUGAUAUGAGUAUGAGAAAAAUGUGAGAAAGCCAUUUAAAACAUAAAUAAAACUCUUGCUCAUCGAAAUACAUGUGCUCCAUGUGGAGAACAGAAAGUGACGUUGGGGAUUCAGCGUUAAGUUUUAGUGUCAUUAUUAUGAUGAUGAUUAUGUUAUUAUUAUUGCGCUUCUUGGGAG